GCCUUGGCCGGCUCUCGCGAGACUUGCCGGGACUAGGAGUGCGGGAGCCGGCCGUGAGGAAAAGUGGAGCCGCGGGUGGGGAACAUGUCGGAGUCUGACCUCGGCAGGAAGUGGGACCGGUGUUUGGCAGAUGCAGUCGUGAAGAUAGGUACUGGUUUUGGAUUAGGAGUUGUUUUCUCUCUUACCUUCUUUAAAAGAAGAAUGUGGCCCUUAGCCUUUGGUUCUGGCAUGGGACUGGGGAUGGCCUACUCCAACUGUCAGCAUGAUUUCCAGGCCCCAUAUCUUCUACAUGGAAAAUAUGUCAAAGAGCAGGAGCAGUGACCUACUCCGGCCGAGAACACCCAGUGGGAGGAAGAGAGGUCCUGUUUACUCCUCAGGAGUACGGAAGCGCCCUGGAGUGUGCGGACGCUCUUCUGUAGCAGUGUUAGCAGUAAUGCUUUAAACUCCAGCACACUGUGUAUGUAUUUGAAACCAAGUCUGUUUCUUGUUUUGUAUUCUUUCUCUGGAAAUUGUCAGGAGGUAAUCUUAAAAGAAAUAAAUUUACGAAGGAA